AUGGACCCCUCAUCACCAGCCAAGAGACGCGCCCUCGCGCCCCUGGACGCGAACGUGAACGCGAUGUCGCCUGCACCAAAGAUGCACAACAAGUUGACAAAGCCUGCUUCGCCCCUCAGGAGCCCGAUCAAGUCACCGUUGGGUCUGAAGAGGCCCCUCGGUGCCGUUAUCUUUGACGAGAACAGCGUCGUCGCGAAGAAGAAACAGUGCAAGGAGCCCGCCAACCCACCAGUGUCCGCCUCCGAGCCUGUGCAAGCACUUGCUGCUGCUGCAGUUACUGCUGUAUCCACGCCGGCUCCUGCGUCUUCACAAACUGAGGAAGAACCCGACGCGAAUGAGGCUCAGGACGAGCAACAGGCACAAGAAGAGGAACAGCAGCCGAAGAUGCAAGAUGAAGAACAGCAACAGCAGACGCCACGUAAUCGGUCCGCUUCCCCCGACACAUCGUCCGUGUUCGAUAACUCUGCCAUGGACACGUCCCAGAACACGACCAUCAUCACCGAGCCUGAUACGGAGCAGGUUAGGACACUACCGCCGCCAAGGCCGAGGAGGCUGUUGACGCGUGAAGAAGCGCGACAGAAGGCACGAAUUUUGCGGCUGAAGCUAGGGCUCGCCAACUACAAGCUCCAAACGGGACAGGAGAACGUGCCGCUCGAGAUGUUACAGAUGAAACCGCUGCCCGACCACGACACUAGGAGGAGUAUGUUGCCGAUGGUCAUGAUCCAGCCACCUUCAAGUCGCGACGGACCGCCUUCAAGGGAGCGCGUAGAGACGAGGGAAGCCAUAAGGCAGACGGAUGGGGAGACCAGCGACCAAGAGGAGGAACAGCAGCCUGCUGAGAAGACCUUGCUGUCAAACGUGUCUGAAACCGACAGGACAGAAGAUGGUGACAAUACGACAAAUGCUGUUUGCGGCGGAGUGGCUAACAGUCUGCUCAGCCUCGCAAGGGGCUCGUCGUCGGUGUCCACAUCGUCAUGA